CUCUGUCUCUCUCUGUCUCUCUCUCUCUCUCUCUCUCAGUGGUGUGUGGUGGACGAGCUGGCGAAGUUACCCAGUUUGGUUCAGUUUUCGUGUCGUGGCAACCGACUGGUGAGCAGCGAUGGAAACAACAGAACAGCCAAUCAGAUGCUCAUCGCCAAACUGGGACGACUGGUCGUCCUGAACAGCUGUGAGAUCCGCCCUGAUGACAGGAGGGGGGCGGAGCUCGACUACAUCAAGAUGUUUGGGGAGGAGUGGCUGAAGGCGGGCGGGGGGACUCAGCCCAGCAGCCAGUUCAUCUGCCAGCACCCUCGUUACCUGAGCAUCAUCGACAAGUACGGAGCUCCAGAGGAAGGCGAGCUAAAGAAGCCGGAGCCGUUUGCCCUGAAGAAUCAGCUGUUAAAGAUCGUGUUCGUGUUUCCUGAUGACGCCGAGCGGAAACCAAUCGAGAAGAAACUUCCAGACUCCAUGGUGGUGCAGAAGGUGAAGGGACUCCUGUACCGGCUGCUGAAGGUUCCUGCAGCAGAUCUGAAGCUCACCUACACCAGCCCCAAGAAUGUGGGGACAGAGUUUGAGAUCGACAGCGACCUGAAGACUCUACAGUUUUACUCCAUAGAGGACGGAGACCAGGUGUUGGUGCGCUGGUCCUGAUCCGGACCAGGAGGCGAAGGACGAGCCUGGUCCACAGCAGAGACAGAACUUCAGCUGCUUCUGUGUCAGACUGAGAUGUAGCAGCAGGCUGCGGACGCUUGCUGGAGAGGACUCAGAGAGGUGGAUUCACUUCAGAGUGACGCUCAGACUGUUUAACGCCUGUUUCAGAAAUUAUACCGCUCGCGAAGCAAAUCCAGGAUGACACAUGUCAGUCUGUCCGCUUGGAUUUCCUUCAGGACUUCAUUUAGAAACAUCACAGAGGAAAUCUACAGCUGCACCAACAAGUUUAAGGAUUUAAUGAAUAAAUAGACCUUUCACACUUUUUGCUUUGGUUUGAGUCGGGGGCUUCAGCUGUAUAACCCGUGUCAGCAUUUCAGUGUAAUAAACUGUGUGAUAUAUUA